UCACAGACGCGCUUCCUCUAUAAAACAGGCUCUGAGCAGAGAACAUCGCGAGCUCGAGCCUCAAAUAAAAGCAUCAAAAUAUCAGAGUUAAACACCCAACAGCGGAUUAAACAACACUUAGCAGCUCUUUAAACAGCUCGACACCACACAUCACAUCAUGCCUCAGAACGAGCACAUCGAGUUACACCGCAAGCGUCAUGGCUACCGUCUGGACCACCACGAGAGGAAGAGGAAGAAGGAGAGCCGUGAGGUGCACGAGCGGUCGCACAAAGCCAGAAAGAUGAUUGGCCUCAAAGCCAAACUCUACCACAAACAGAGACACGCCGAGAAGAUCCAGAUGAAGAAGACCAUUAAGAUGCACGAGCAGAGGAAGAGCAAACAGAAGGAUGAUGACAAGACACCAGAAGGAGCGGUGCCAGCUUACCUGCUGGACAGAGAGGGCCAAUCACGUGCCAAAGUCCUGUCCAACAUGAUCAAACAGAAGAGGAAAGAGAAAGCUGGAAAGUGGGAGGUUCCUCUACCGAAGGUCCGAGCGCAGGGUGAAACCGAGGUUCUGAAGGUCAUCCGCACAGGAAAGAGACAGAAAAAGGCCUGGAAGAGGAUGGUGACCAAAGUCUGCUUCGUAGGAGACGGAUUCACACGCAAACCGCCCAAAUAUGAGCGCUUCAUCAGACCUAUGGGUCUGAGGUUUAAGAAGGCACACGUCACUCAUCCUGAAUUGAAGGCCACGUUCUGUUUGCCCAUCCUGGGCGUGAAGAAGAACCCCUCCUCUUCCCUCUACACCACUCUAGGCGUCAUCACCAAGGGAACGGUCAUCGAGGUCAACGUCAGUGAGCUCGGAUUGGUCACGCAGGGCGGGAAGGUCAUCUGGGGUAAAUACGCCCAAGUGACUAAUAACCCAGAAAACGAUGGUUGCAUCAAUGCUGUGUUGCUUGUAUAAUGGAAACCUGAAACAUCUGAUAUGGAACUGUGCCUCCGAGUGCAGCCGGGAACGGCGCUUAUGUGGAAUACUGUUGUCACGGGCAUCAUUUUGGAAAUCAUAAAACAAGCUGAUUUGAAGACAGUUGAUGGAGUUUUGUCUUCACAUCUGGACCCAAAGCUCACAAGAACAUGUGGAUCAGAAAUCAGAAGUGCUGUUUAUUUUAAAAUAAAAUGUUCAACUGUU